AUGACGUCGGGAGUUUUUGACUGUGUGAAUACAAAAGAGCAAACUCUCAUCUACCAUUGUCAAUACUUGUCUAAAUCUUCAUCUUUCUUAUUUUCUACAAAAAAUCUCAACAUCUGUUACAAAUCCAAAAUGGGUCUGUCAUCAUAUUCAACUCCAGCUGACGUGGGAGUCUUCUGUGUAAUUCUGGUAAACACGGCCAUAUCCAUUUCCAUUUUUAAGGAUAUUUUUUGUUCAAUCCUUCAUGUCAUGGGCAUCCACAUAGCAUCACGGGAAGAACUCUCUUUGGAAUCCUCGGACUCAAUUGAAUGUCGUAGAACCGCCUCUGAGUUGUAUGUGGAGGAGUUCCAAAGCCAAACACCAACUAUACGUUAUGAUUCAAUGUUUAUUCGCGACUGCCCCAAGGAAGAGUGCUCAGUAUGCCUGUCCGAAUUCAAGCAAUAUGCAGAGGUUAACCGUCUGUCUUGUGGCCAUGUUUUCCACAAGUCAUGCCUUGAGAAGUGGUUGAAGUACUGGAAUGUCACCUGUCCUCUUUGCAGGAAUCACAUGAUGCCUCAAGAAGUCGAGGAUGAUGCUUGUCCCAUGUGA